AUGUCUCUCCUUAGAAGCUUGGAAAGGCCGACAAGCGCCCAGUUAAUCGUUAACGUGGGCCAGUGCUGUUUACAACCAGACUCUUUGAGAUCCUCGCGAGCGAAUCGCUUUAGUAUAAUGCGGCGGUCUCUUUCCUCUCUAGCUGUACGGACCAACAGCGUUCUCGUUACCGAUAAUUUUAUAAGCUGCCUGGUAGCUGCGGGAUUCUGCAAAAAGCAUGCACCGCACAAGAACACGCCGCAGAUGGGGCCAUCUCGACCGUUUAUCCCUACUGCUGCAAGAAGGCUUCAGAGUACAUUGAGCGGUGCCCUACUGGCAGAAUCAAAAGACGAUAUACCCGAUCGUAACAAUGUACAGUCUUCGAAAAAGGAGGAACAAUGGAGUUGCAAACGAAGAAGAUCAAAAAAUUGGCAAGAGAACGACCACACAUCAAACGGCAUUGGCCCCCCGGUUGUUGUCAAGGGGCCGAAACAUGGCCUGGGACCUAAGCGUGCCCUCCCUAAGGAUUUGGACCUGGGUACCGAGACAUAUCUUCGAGCAAAACACGCCAAUACUGAAGAGUCAAAGUUACUCUUUGGGCUAUACUUAGGUGUACUAGGGGAUGUUGAAGGAACGACAAGCCUAAAGGUCGUCUUGUCUAACCCUCAGCGAGAGGUAUUGGUGCCUCCUCAACCACGCAACCAAGCCGGAAAGGAUGACUUAGAAGCCAACGGAGUUUCUCACCUUAUAUCUCUUCUCGAGCAGGAAGACUGUACCGACCAAGAGCUUUUUGCCGCUUAUAAACGAAUUCCUUCACUGGGAGUAUCGUAUCUCAGCGCGAGGACAAGGGGUAAAUUACUUCAUCGUUUUGCCAAACCCGAACGUAGAGGCCGUACGGGUGUUUUUUAUUAUCUUACGCUAGUUGACGACAUGUGUGAUGCCUCGCUUGAGAUGUCACCUUCCCUCUGGACAGCGGCGAUUCACCUUGCAGGCAAAUCUUCCUCUACCGUGAAGCGAGAAGAUCUCAACGCAGCAAUUGGUGUAUGGCGGCGGAUGGAACACGAAGGCAACAUUUCGAGUUCAAGUGUAGCCUUCAACAUCCUCUUUGACUUGGCCAUAAAGUCUGGUCAGUUCAGAGUAGCCGAACGGAUCAUUGCAGACAUGAAGAAACGGAAUAUCAAGUUCUCUCGGUUCGGCAGAGUUGCUCAGAUAUUCUUCAAUGGAUUAAAAGGGAGCGCCCGGGGAGUCCGUCGAGCGUACGAUGAUUUUAUCAAAGCAGGCGAAGUAGUGGACACUGUGGUUUUGAAUUGCGUGAUUGCAUCACUGAUUCGCUCGGGGGAAGCUAAGCUUGCGGAACUCAUGUAUGAACGGAUGAAGGAAGCGCAUGAAAGGCUAAAAGCCGACGCCAGUGAGAAGGCAGUCAUGUAUCCAAUGCCCUCUCAGGACUAUUCUGCUUAUCGAAAAGCCAGCAAACAGCUAGGACGAGUUCUUGGAAUGACCUCCUAUCUGCAUGACAAGCUUCCUGAUCAUCAUCGGGCUUUGCAAGCUGCCAUGCCGUUAACACCAGAUGCAAAGACUUUUCACAUACUUCUUUCUUACCAUGCGCAUAUUACUGGUGACCUAGGUCGUUUUCUGUCUCUUCUAAGUGAAAUGGAAGGGACUCUGUCGAUCCCGUCUCAUGGCAUGGUGUAUAUUCUGCUAUUCCAGGGGUUUGCAAUCCAUGGAUCGAAGAAAAACACCACAUGGACCUACCCUCGUCUACAGCGCGCCUGGCUUUCUUUCCUCCGUGCUGUGCGAGAUUAUGAUGCUGCUGUUCAAACGAAACAACGCACAGUAACCAGGAAAUCAAAAUUUACCUGGUUCACUGAAACCUCUUUUGUCCAGGGCCAGGAGUUAGAACAUCGGACGACGGCAGAAGAAAUGGAAGAAGCUGAGGAGGAAUUUAAGAAUGAAGCCGACAGAAUUUUCCACGGUACAUUUAACGACGCUCGUGAGGAACUCGAGGAUGACUGGAAGUACGAAAACGCCGUCUAUCUUGGCCGAACGGUCAUUAUUGCAUGCCUUCGCGCCUUUUAUACUUGUGGAGGACGAACAGCUGUGCUUGGUGUGUGGGAACAAAUUGACCAACUGUGGCAAGGGAACCUGAAGCAGCGAGAUAUAGAUGCAGUGCGAGCAGUUCUGCGAGAACUUGUACCACGAAGGGGUCACUAA